UUCUCAUCUUUCCUUUGUGAUGGCGUCACCUGCUUCAUCUCAAGCCAGCGACACAAGUUCAAAGAAGCAGGAAGAUCCGUCAAGUAGAAACGCACGCAGCCUUUUUUCAGGAGUGAUAUCGUGGUGUAGCAAAAAAUUAAUAAGAGAUUCUUCCAAUUUGGACUAUGUAUCCAGUGGACAAGGAGAUAGCGACAAGUUUCUUAUGGAUACGGAAGAGGGUGUGGGGGAUAACAAAGAUCCAUUGGAAGGCAGUAGCGAAGUUUCCCAAGACGUCAUAGACACUUCAAAGACUGACCAAGAUGGUUUUACAUAUUCAGCCGAACAUAAUGAUGACCCGAAAAUAGCAAAACUCGAAAAAGAAUUCGAAGAAAAGAAAAUAGCUAGUGAUCGAGAUAGCGAGAGGAGAAAUGCGGCAAUGAGGAGACGAUACGCAAAGCAAAAUCUUAAAGCCAGGAUCAAUUUGGCAGAAGAUGUCGGCUGUGAAGUACCUCCCAAAAAAACGUGCUCAGAAACGAAGCACGUUGGACUGUGCAUCAUUAUAAAUAACAUUACAAAGUAUUUACGCCCAGCAGCUUCUCUUCGCAAGUUCUUCACCAGCGCCGGUUACAAAGUGGAGUUUCACGAAUGUCUGAAAAUGGAGUCGAUUUUUAAUCCAGCAAGGUCAAGGAAUUUUGACGAUUAUGGAUGUCUUGUGUGUUUUGUUCUUUCUACCGGAAACGACAGACUUAUUGAAACUGCAGACAACUCGUCUAUUACAAUGAAUGAAGUAGUGCAAUCCUUCAAUCCGGAUGAAUUUCCGAGUCUUAACGGAAAACCAAAAGUAUUUUUCUUCCAGAACAGAAUAGAUAUCUAUGACGAUAAGAAUCUAUGGAAUGACGACGAGCCUACAACAUUUCCAACUUACGCUGAUACAUUUGUCCUGCGAUCGACUUUGAGAGAUUUUAUAAAAAUAUUCGCAGAAAUAUUAACCGGUCAUCCAAGAAAAUCGCUCUCUACCAUUAUGACCUUGCUACAAUACGAAAUACUUUACUCAUUCACCAAUAAUGAACGAUACCAUGUUAUAUCGACUUUGGCAAAAGAGGUCUACUUCACUAUAGAGAAAGGUACGGCCGGGACGUCAAACCAUCAAACAAUGGCUCAUAUUCACGCACCCAUGGAAAAUUGUUCGAACGAUUCAAAGAAAGAUAUCAAGCCAUCGGGUGAUACAGCGGCACAUGUUUACCCGCCUGUGCAAGGAGGAGCGAGCGAGGAGUCUAUGCAAGAAGGAGCGGGCGAGGAGUCUGUGCAAGGAGGAGCGGACGAGGAGCCUGCGCAAGGAGGAACGGGCAAUACAGCAACUUCGUUAGAAGAUAUCAAGCUAUCGGGUGAUACAGCGGCACAUGUUUACCCGCCUGUGCAAGAAGAAGCGGACGAGGAGUCUGUGCAAGGAGGAGCGGGCGAGGAGCCUGUGCAAGGAGGAGCGGGCGAGGAGCCUGUGCAAGGAGAAGCGGGCGAUACAGCAAUUUUGUUAGAAAAUAUCAAGCCAUCGGGUGAUACAGCGGCACAUGUUUACCCGCCUGUGCAAGGAGGAGCGGGCGAGGAGUCUAUGCAAAAAGGAGCGGGCGAGGAGUCUGUGCAAGGAGGAGCGGGCGAGGAGUCUGUGCAAGGAGGAGCGGGCGAGGAGUCUGUGCAAGGAGGAGCGGGCGAGGAGCCUGUGCAAGGAGGAGCGGGCGAUACAGCAACUUCGUUAGAAGGUAUUUUAAUGCUUUCGCAAUACGAUUAUUCUACUUAA